AUGACAGUUCCAUCUUUCCGGUAUUCAACCGGCGAGAUCGCUACCGCCGAGAUGGCAAAGUCCUUUUCAUGGGAGGCCCCUGUACCUGUGAAUCAUUUCUGGGACAGUUUCAGUUACUGCACUGCCCGGAACUUUCUCGGCAACUUUUCAAAUUCCGAACUAGAGCAACUAGCCUCAGACCCGGCGGGAAUCGACCCCGAGAAUACCGCAGACCAGCAAGCGAAGCUCCAGCUUCUCCUUCAACUACUCCGGAAUAAACUGGCAAAGAAAGAAGCAGAAACUUCACCACCUGGGUCACUCUAUGAAGUCGACUACAAGCAGUGGUAUGAAUUAUGGCAGGGAAUAUUUAUGUUCGAAAAUGAGUUAGACCUCCCGCAGGCCGAGGAGACAGUCCGUAUGCUAGUGAAGAAAAGGCCGGAUGAGUCGAACGUUGUCCCUCCCCAUAUGCUAGCGGAUUACCUUGUUAAGGUGGGGAAAUAUAAGGAAGCCGAAGAAGUCGAGCAGCCAGUUCGUGAGUGGAUGGAUGCUCGUCCACACCUUGGCCCAGCCUCUCCGCAAGCUCUGAACGCUCGCAGAAUUAUUGCCAGAGCGUUAUGGGGCCAGGGGCGACGGGCUGAGGCUGAGGCCCUAGUUGCCAAGAUCCGUGAACUUGUUGAUGGCAUGACUGGAAGCAAGUUUGGCAUUUACCAGGAAGAGGAGGCGAGGCUGAAUGACCAAAUGGUGGCUGCCUUUACUGAGUAA